AUGAAGACGAGGUUGCAGCGCUCGAUCGAGCAAUAUACUCCACCUUCAUCACACGAUGGCCAAUGUCUCCGAAGCUCUCAGAUAUCCCUGACCAACCUCGACUCAAACACAAACGCUCUUCGACUCUGGGAAGAGCUAGAUAAUCUGCAUAUCAACAGCGCAAAGUCUUAUAUCGAGUUUGAAGAGCGCUUCGUCGACCUCUCCGACUCGUACUGCGCUCUAUCUGCGGGCUAUGACCAUCUAGUCGAAAAGCACGACAGUCUUCUAGUCAUCGUCGUUAAGUUAUAUACCGAGCUGGGCGUCCAAGCUACAGCCUUGGUGGAAUUGAACGAGUGGAAGAUGCGCGCGCAGAAGAGCUUCGCUGAAAUACAGGUUCAAGGGCAAGAUUCCGAGCUUUUGUGUUGUAGUACACCGCGUUCGAUAUCUACGGUAGACAUUGCGACUGGUCAGGUGGAGUCUAAUCUCAUGACGGCGGAGAAUCAGGUUUCCAAAAUUGCAGUGGACGGACAAGACCCCGGCGUUGCGGGCUUGCAUUCGUCCCCCACGACACCGGGCAGUUCGGUCAAACAGCAUGUUGCACAUCCUCGCUUGAAGUUGAGAAUGCCGCCUCAACCGGUUACUGAAGAAGCACUUAUGGAAUCUCCCGUUGAUUUGGUAUCUGAUCAGCAUCCAAGUUUCAAGCGGGUCAGGAAGCCUACGGAGAAGCGCAAGGCAGCUGCAAUACAGGCCGAGCCGAGAGGACAGAAGACAAAGGAGUGUCGCAGAUGA